CAGGGGCCCUGUUGAUGGCCCAUGCGUUUUGGUUUUGCUCGUGUUGUGUGCCGUUGUUGAGAUCCUGGAGCUUCACAUUGAGGUGAGGACCAGACUUGGCCAAUAGCCAUGGCGACUGAGGAGCAGGCUGAAGCGCCUGCCUACAAACCAAGUCCCUUCAUGAAAGCAGCAGCACAAAUCAUCGAGGCAUCAGAGGGACAUGUACCUGACGACCUGCACUGGGAUCCACUGACGAUGAGCUAUGGAGGUGGCGCAGGCCUGCCUUCAGACGCCAUCGAGUUGCCGACCGAGCUCAUGAUGAACCUUGUCGGGCCUGGUUUGGCGGCCGUCCGGAACGUCAAGCCAACGCCCGAAGUACCUCUUGCCCCUUCACAGGAGCGCGCCAGAAAGCGCCUGCAGCAGCGCAAGGAAGCUGCUGCGAGGGAAGCUGCUGAAAAAGCAGUCAGGGCCCAGAAGGCCCAGCAAGAGAAAGAGGCGGAAGAGCCGCUGGAUGAGUCGUGGAUCGACCAGUUGGAACAGAAAGAUGCCAAGAAGAAGGCCGGCCGCGAGAAAGCAGUUCAGAUUCGCAAGGAGAGAAAGAAGGCCAGAAAGGCAGAUGCUGCCGCAAAGUUGGAGGCAUUGGAAUCGGCGGAUGUUCAGGAGGAGGAAGUGGAGGAAGUGGCCGAGCCUGAGCCUGUGCAGCCGGAACCCGAAGAAAUUGAAGAGGAGGAUGACAUGCAGCCGGUUGAGCAGUCCAAGCAACGUCGAAAGCGUCAAGCGAGACAGGCAGCCAAGCAACGGGAGGAAGCUGAACAGGCAAGACGAGAGGAGGAGAGACGAGAGGAGGAGGCCCGUUUGGAGGCAGAACGCAAGCAACGAGAAGCUGAGAAGGCACGUCUUGAACAAGAGAGGCUUGAACAAGAGCGGCAAGAGCGGAAGCGUCUGGAGGAGCAGCGCGAGGCCGAGAAAAAGGAGGAGGAGCUGCGUCAGAAACGCGAAGCCGAGAAGCGUGAGGCCGAGCGGCGCGAGGCGGAGAAGCGGAAGGCGGAGGAAGCCAAAGAGCGCAAGGAGCAGAAGGAACGUGAGGCCAAGGCAAAGGCACGUGAGGCACGUGAGGCACGUGAGGCACAUGAGGCACGUGAGGCUCGUGAGGCACGUGAGGCUCGUGAGGCUCGUGAGGCACGUGAGGAGAGGGAGAAGGAUGCUGCCAAAGCCGAAGCCAAAGAAGAAAGAAACAACGUUGAUUUUGAAGAGGCUCGCGCAGAUGGCGACCGUCGACGAAAGAAUGAAGCGAGGGACGCUGAACCAAAAGCUCGACAGGGCAGGAAACAGGAUAAGGAUGAGGCCAAGGAGACCGGAGAGCAACCAACGCAGGUCAAGUCACUCCGACAAACUCUGACUCCAUCGCAAUUGCGACGUCAGCAGAGGAAACGGCAACGAGAGGCCCGGCGAGCAGCUGAAGCAGCUGCACGUGAGGAGGAUGAAAGUGAGGAGGAGCCUUACGAGGUGAAGCCAAAACAGCCGGAGCGCAGGCAGACCGAGCGCUCGACUGAGCGCGAGCGUGCGACCGAGCGCGAGCGCCAGAACGAGCGCUCGAACGAGUGGCCCAAGCCAAAGGAAAGCCGCCCGGAAGCAAAGGCGGAGACCGAAACAGAGGCUCGACCAAAGGCUGAGGAGGGCAAGAGAGCCAGAGGUGGGAGCGUCAGCUCGAUCGCCUCAUGGGACUCUCAAGCUCGCAAGGAGGAAGAUUCAGAGCCAGCAGAAGCAGCACGGAGCGGAUCGGACUUGCGGAAAGAUGCCGAGGCUUUCCCAACUCCAAGGUCGGCCGCAGGCAGCUUUGACUCGCGCUUAACGCAGGAAGCCGACCAGAAUAUGAUGCAGCCAGUGAUGGGCAUCACCACCCUGAUGAUCUCGCAGGUUCCAACGCAGACUGAUGCAGAAAGCUUCAGGCGUCAGUUGGAUUCAUGGGGCUUCAUUGGAACCUACAACUUCUUCUACAUGCCUCCAGAUGUGAGUGAAGGCUGGGGUGGUCGCUGCGUUUUCAUCAACUUCAUCGACCAGGCCAUGGCCAACAUGUGCAUGAGUGCCUUCCAGCAAUGUCCCGGCGAAGGUGUGGCAACGCCAUACAGUGUGCAGGGACUUGAGAACAACAUCGCCCAUUUCAGCCAGUUUGUGGGUGCAGGUGACAUGGUGAAUGGUCCAUUGAUCGUACCGACCCCAACUCCUUCUGCCUGGGCUCUGAAUGGCGCUCAGGCCAUGAUGAACAGUACACAAGGGAAAUUCUCACCCCAGAUUCGCGGGCAAUUUCACAAGACCAAGAUGUGCGCUUUCCACAAGAAGAAGAAAUGCACCAUGGGAGUGGCCUGCCCCUUUGCGCACUGCAAAGAGGAGCUGAAUGCUCCACCGGAUCUGUCCAAGACCAAGCUGUGUGGGAACUUCUUCCGAAGAAAGUGCAACGAUAUCAACUGCAAAUUUGCACAUGGGCAUUCGGAGCUUCGAGCCACUGGAAGCGUCUACAAGACCGAGCUGUGCAGAGCUUGGGCUUCAGGGACCUGCAAGGCGGGUGACACUUGCCGCUACGCUCAUGGUGUGAAGGAACUGAGGGGCGCACAAAUGGGCAUGGGAUAUAUGGGCUUCCCGAUGGAAGAUGACUACAUGUCGAUGGACGGGCAGAUGGGUUGCGAUGUCAUGGGUGGCCUUCAAGGCAUUUGGGAAGACGAGGCUGCUGCAAUGCAACACUACAAUGGCCACAAUGGCUAUGGUAGCAUGUCCUCAUCAUACCCCGCAGGGUCAGGAGAACAUCGAGGAAGGUCGAACCCAUCCUCAAACUUUUCCUCAGGUCAGCCUCAGGAUGGUACAGCCGAUGUCAAUGACGCCAUGAGUGACAUGGGCUUGUCUGACGUGUCGACCCUUUGCCUUGGCGAAGGCCGACUGAGUCGACAGCAAACAGCUCCACCCACCGCGUCCUUUCCUGCUAACGGACGCGCUGUUCAUAGCAAUGUAGUCUUGCGGGUGAAGGGCACCUUCAUGGAGUCAGUUUUCCUUGAUGAGGAAGUGCGUCGCUCGUGGAGCGAUGGGGACCUCCCGCAACUGCAGGACAUGGAAGGAGAACAAGAGCUUUGACGGCGAGGAACGCAAAUGCAUGGCAGAAGCUUGCCGCGAACCGAGCAUUGAGGCUGCAGCCUUGCUUUCUUGCUUGUGUAGAUGUGACCUUGACGAAUCUUCGGUUCGGCGCUCAGAGAGUGGCUUCCUCGAAGACAUCGCGGGUUGCUUUUUGAC